GGUCCAGGACCUGGCGGUUAUAUACUACCAACAGGUGUAGGUAAGACCGGUCAUGAUCCAACUAAACGCAUUGCCCCGGCAUACAGUUUUGGCUCUCGGUAUAAAAGUUUUUCUGAUAACAGCCCUGGUCCUAUAUACCAAGUAGAUUCUGGAGUGACAAAUAAAGGUCGAGACGCAAUGCCUAAAUAUUCUAUUGGUAGCAGAUGGACUCCUAAAAAAAACGUAUUUGUGACCCCGGGUCCCAUCACCUACAAUUUUAUAUCCAGUAAAAAAUCUCCAAAAUACAGCUUUGGAUCGAGGAUUGUUUCCCAGGAUAAUACCCCGGGCCCAGGACCAAAUUAUAUGCCUUCAGAUUCCAUUGGAAGUAACGUUAAAACCCGAGGAGCCUUAAUGUUAGGGAGAACAGAAAAAUUUGGUUACGCACACGACUGGUCGAAAACCCCUGGACCCAUAACAAGUUCGGAUGGGGUAAACAUUACUUUCAGGAGGCCGCCAGCGUUCUCUUUUCAAGGAAGAAGUCGAGUGUACCAGAGUAAGGAUGUAACUCCUGCACCAGGAGCAUACGAUGUAAAAUCUUAUGGUGAUAAUGUUCAUAGUAGUCCACGAUUUACAAUGGGAGCUCGACAGCCGUUCAGCUUUACAAGACCUGUUUAUUCUCUUGCUGAUGUAUCAGACUGA